AUGGUACAUGGCUUAUGGAAUCCCAAGCCUGCAAUAUAUGCAGCGGCAUUGAUUAUAGCGAUGUACCCGAUCGGAAGUGUCAUUCUGGAUAUCAGCCAGCAAGAUUUUCUGCCUUAUAUAGAUAUUUUUGUAGGAACCUUUAGGGAUGGUGGUAUUUAUAGAAUGUUUCACUCACACGGCCCCCUAAUCAAUCUCGUAAAAUGCGGUGAUGAGAUUUUGUUCGACUCAUCAUAUCAACCAGCGCUAUCCUUGGAUGUUUACGUUCAGGAUUAUAGGCGUCAAGGUCGUCAUAUUAUUUCAAUUAGUCGUUAUAACACAGUAAACUGGAAGUUGCUGCGAACAACUUUUUAUGAAAAGGACGACUUGUGUUACUUUCUUAGUACUCGUGAAUCAAAGGAUGAAUUUGUAGGAAGCCAUAUAUCAUUAACUUUAGAUCUAGAUGCAGAUAAGUUCCAUCCAUACAUUGUGUCAGGACGUCGUACACUCGAUAAUGCGGUGCGGUACAUGGUUCCAACUUAUUAUAGCAGCCGAGGGUCACUUCCAGUAAUCAAUAUGAGGUCCCCUAAAGAUGUAUUUAUAAUAUCACCUAUUCUCAACAUAUAUAACACUGCUCGUGACCCUAACAUUCCUUCACCGUCGAUACAUUGCUAUGCCACUAAAGUCGAUGUUGAACCGGAUCGAGAGCGGACAACAAUAUGGAUCAGACACCGACGUUUUAGCGUGAAAUUCGUAGUAGUAAUACCACCAGUUGAGAAUGGCGUAUUCAGGCCACAAAAUAUAAUGGGCAAUGAUUCCAGAUUCCAUAGAGGGGAUUUAAUGCCUGUAUCAAGGCCUUCUAACUUACUCAUCGACAUUUCUAGCACAGAUAUAAUUAUACCAGAAAUUAUAAUUCUAGCUAACCUUAGACGGGGUGAUUGGCUCUACACGCAGUACAGUGUUUUACCGCUGAUGGAGCAUCGGCGGGCAGUUAAUAACGUCAAUGAUUCCAAGAGUCACUCUGCGAUAUACGAAGUAACUGACAACGCAACCGUGACGCACGUAGAAGUUUUUGAUCAUGUGAAACACGGGUGGCGAUACGUCAUAAUCAAUUUGAGCAAAGCAAUGGGACCACGUUUCGUGGCGCAUAAAAUGAUAUAUAAACGCAUAGAAGACCAGGGUAGCGUCGUAUAUUUCGACCUCAGCAAGUUCUGCGUCGAACCGUACCUAGAUAUGCUAUAUAACAUCAAUACACUUGAAAAAAGUUGUGAUAAAGCAUGUGGUAAUGAUAUUGUGAUGGAUACAUCGUCGUCAUCUUCACUCUGUGACGAUUUGUUCAAAGGUUAUUAA